CCUGCCCUGUGGGGUCUCCAGUGGGCACUGGCUUGAUGGCAGUGCGACCAUGACAGCAUCACGACAAUUCUGAGCAGGCAUCGCUUGCUUCAUUGUUAAACAUAGGGUCCUUUGAGUGAGAACAAGCUCAGUGGCCCCUCACAGCAGUGUAACUGGAACACUGAGUAUUCACACUGUGGGCUGCCAGGGUUUUUCGAGAGGAAGAAAGUAAAGUAAAGGAGGAACAUUUUCAUUUCUGAUCCCUUCCAUACACAUUUGGAACAUCACAGCCAGAAAACCUUAUUGACGUCAACGCAGCACUUUUCACGCAGGGAUACAAAGAUGCAUUCAACAGAUGCUGGCCAGUGUAGCAAUUAAGAGCGCUGGCCCCAGAGCCAGCCUGGCUGGGUUUGAAUGCAGCUUUUGCUAGCAUAGGGCAUGGAGAGGGGCUGCUGGCACUGCAGAUCUGUAGUUUGCCACCAGGUGGUACUAGGAGCAGCUGUUCUCAGUGCCCACUGCCCUGGGAGUUGGCAGUCUGGCAGUUGCUCAGUCAUUUGGGCCGUUGGGGCAUAGGAGGAGAGUGACUGGGAUGCGAUCCUAAAAGGCAGGGAAGCUGAACCAAGGGAUCCGCAAGUACAAGUAAUGCCCCGUCAAACAUGCCCUUCCUGAAUAAUGGUCACUGCUUCUUCACCCAAAGGGGGACCAUGACCCCAUGUCCCUCUCCCAGCUCUCUGCCCCGCCCUCCCAAGGAGCCCGCAGGGAGAGGGAGAGGGAGACUCGGUAGAGGUUCCAGCCUUCCCAGGCCGCUCACAGGACUGGUCCCCGCCCCUCCUCAGAGGAAAGCACCUCUACAGGACAAUGGGGGGUCCAGGUUGCUCCCUGCUGGCUUGUCCCGGAAGUGCUCCGUCUUCCACCUCUUCGUUGCCUGUCUCUUACUGGGCUUCCUCUCCCUGCUCUGGCUGCAGCUCAGCUGCUCAGGAGACAUGGCCCGGGGGGCCAGAGGACAAGGGCAGGAGACCCCUGGCCCAUCGCGGGCCUGUCCCCCAGAGCCUCCUCCUGAGCACUGGGAAGAAGACCCGUCUUGGGGGCCCCACCGCCUGGCAGUGCUGGUGCCCUUCCGCGAGCGCUUUGAGGAGCUCCUGGUCUUUGUGCCUCACAUGCACCGCUUCCUGAGCAGGAAGAAGAUCCAGCACCACAUCUAUGUGCUCAACCAGGUGGACCAUUUCAGGUUCAAUCGGGCAGCACUCAUCAACGUGGGCUUCCUGGAGAGCAGCAACACCACGGACUACAUCGCCAUGCAUGACGUGGACCUGCUGCCCCUUAAUGAGGAGCUGGACUAUGGCUUCCCCGCAGCCGGGCCCUUCCAUGUGGCCUCCCCGGAGCUCCACCCGCUCUACCACUACAAGACCUAUGUGGGUGGCAUCCUGCUGCUCUCUAAGCAGCACUACCAGCUGUGCAACGGCAUGUCCAACCGCUUCUGGGGCUGGGGCCGCGAGGACGACGAGUUCUACCGCCGCAUCAAAGGAGCUGGUCUCCAGCUGUUCCGCCCUUCCGGAAUCACAACGGGGUAUAAGACCUUUCACCAUGUGCACGACCCAGCCUGGCGGAAGAGGGACCAGAAGCGCAUCGCAGCUCAGAAACAGGAGCAAUUCAAGGUGGACCGGGAGGGAGGCCUGAGCACCGUGCGGUACCGUGUGAGCUCCCGGACAGCCCUGGCCGUGGGCGGGGCUCCCUGCACGGUCAUCAACAUCCUGCUGGAGUGCGAUCAGGCCGCUACCCCCUGGUGCACAUUGGGCUGAGUGGUGGACAGGACACAGCCUGCACCUGCAGGCCCCACCGCCGCCACCCAGCACAAGGCCUCAGGCCGGGCCAUCUCCCAGGCGUGCCAGCAGCCUGGGCCCACCGACAGCCAGCCCUGGCGCAGGCAGAGCCGAGCCGGGCCAGGACACAGAGGGGCCUGUGGACAGCGGUGGCGGGAGAGGCUGGAGUGAGGCCCUAGCGUUUGCCCUCCUGCCUUCGGACCCUUCUUUGUGUGCUGAUAGCGAGUGUGGGGGCAGGGCUGUGGGCAGCAAGCCUGGUCAGGACCCUCUUGGAUCUUCUACACCUUGGGCACGGACCCCACCUGGAAGCCAGGCACUGAUGUCAGUGGGCCAGGACCAAGGCGGGCCCCACAAAAGGGACAGUGAGACAGGACUCCAGCUGGCUGUCACCAGGCCCAACUGUGGACUUCAUGUUGCUGGAUCUCCGGGAUUUUCCGAAAGAAACCAGAACUCUGGCCUUUCCAGUGAA